AACAGGUUCCUAGACGAACGAGGAACGUAAACUGAAAGUGCGGGAUCUGUCUGUGAAGGUUAUUUCGUAACGUUGAGGAUAUACGAGUUGCUAAAGCCGCCGAUUGAUGCGACAUAAAUAAAAGCUGAUGCAAAUCAGGCUAAUAAUGUUCCUUGGGGAGUCCGUCUGAUCCGUUGAAAAAUUCGAGAACCCUGCUUUAUAAAUAGUGAAAAAAUUUGCAGUUUUACGCCAUGACAACCGUAAAGGUACAUGGUGGCAUCGAUAUCCUGAGGUUACCAGUAAACGAGGAGGAGCAUGUCUGUCCUCCGUGGCGCAUCAAGUACACGCAGUCCCACAUACUGCACUCGAAAUGCUCGAAAAGCGAGAGCGGCUGUGACGCCAAAGACGCAGAUGCCUGUCAGUUCUGCAGAUACAGCAACACGUUGGAGUUGCCGCACAUGCCCGACAUGGUGUUCCCCAACAACGUGCUGACGCUGAAGCAUCAAGACGGAGCGUUGCUGGAAUUUAACGCUUUAGACGCACUGAGAUACGUCUCCAACGGCAAGAUCAACGUGCAGCUUGCUUGUGCAGAGGCAUGGAAGGAAUCCAGGUCGGAGAGCAGCGAGUAUUUGGAGGAGAAAAUAAAGCCGUUCGAUUGGACGUUCACCACCAAUUACACCGGCACGGUAUCCGGCUUCGAAGUCAGCGAAACGAACGAGAGGAUCGAUAUGGACAAGCUGAGGCAGCGGGACAAGAUUAUGUUUUAUCAUGAGUUAACGCUGUUCGAAGACGAGCUCCACGAUAACGGCAUCGCAGCGAGUUCAGUAAAAAUCAGAGUCAUGCCCAGCAGUUUUUUCAUCCUACUCCGAUACUUUCUGAGAAUCGAUAACGUAAUGCUGAGGAUAAACGACACCCGCAUCUACCAUGAAUUCGGGAAGAAUUACUUAUUGCGUGAGUUCACGUCGCGCGAGGCUAAAGUUCAAGAUAUUCGAGUUUCACCGGCACUUUUCCUGGAACCGAGCGCAAUAGCACCCCAUUUGCCAUUAACGAAAAGCAAAUAUCACAAGUUGAUAAUAACUGAAAAGGAAGAAGGGUCUAAAUUAAGUGAAGACACAACUGCGCAAAGCGAGACUGCGACUGAAGAAACAGUAGCGGAAGCCAGUGAACACACAGUAGACAGCUCCGUUACUUAAGGCUUGUGCUAGACAUUUUACGUUUCAUAACAUUAUUUUUUAUUAAUUCUUUCGUCCUUUUUUUAUUGUUAAUCAAGAAUUCAUUGUACAGAUCGUUAACCCUCAUUCCAAUCACAAAAUAUUUCGCAGAUGAUAUAUAUAUGUAAUUAAGAAAUGAGUGGACGCAGCAUGAAAGUUGUACUGAAUUUUAUUUCAAAUCAAUCAAUAUUUUUAUCAAAUUUAUCAAGUCUCGUUUUACGAUAGGCUUAAAUACAGAUGUUAAAUGUGAGCAUGGAAAAUCGUGUCUAAAGAAAACGGAAUAAAAGCGAAAACGGAAAUAAUUAUGAAACAGAAACUCAUUUUAUUAAAUGGAGUCUUCCUUUCUUG